AUGUCGAAAGUGGCGAUGCCGAUGGUGCGCGACGGCGGCGUCGAGUCCAAGGACGCGGACGAGCUCAAGCCGUCGCCCGAGCUCGUGACGUACUACCGCGAAAAAGUCGCGCAGUUCGAGAAGGAGCGCGAGGAGCUCAUCGCUCGCAUCGACGCCGUCGGCGUCCGACGCGCGGAGCUUCACCAGAGCGAGUGGGAGCUGAAGAAGCGCACGAUGGAAGUCAGCGAGCUCCAGAAGGCGCUGUCCGACGCGCACGCGUACCUUUUCGAGGAGCGCGACCGCCUCAUGACGAUGCAAGCGGAGAACGACGACCUGAAGCUGAAAGAGGUGGAAGACAGGAAGCGCAUCGAGAACCUCCUCAAGGCGAUGGACCCGACCAAGUCGGACAUCACGCUGUCGCGCGACCCGCCGCCGGUGCCGCCGCAGGCGAUGUCCGGCCCGCUCAAGGGCGUCAGGGAAGGUAGCAAAGACAGCGAGUUCAGGAUGCGCGACCUGAAGAAGAAGUUCGUGCUCCCGUCCAAGAAGAACAAGGGCGGAGGAAAGACGGUGUACAUGCCGGGCGACGAGGACGGCGAGUCCUCCAAACUGAAGAUUCAGCAGCUCGAGACGAUGAUCGUGGAGCAGCGCAAGUUCGCGAACGAGCGCAUCGCGACGCUGCUCGAGGACAGACGCAUCCGAGACGCGGACGAGGCGCUCAUUCGCGAGGCGGCGGAUAAAAAAGUCGUCGAGCUCGAGGACCGCCUGAAACGCACGGAGGAGCUCCUGCAGCAGAGCACGAAGGAUUACAUCCUCCUUCGCACGACGCCGUACAUCCUCCACGAGCAGCAGCAGCUGUUGAACGCGGAGUUGGAGUCUCUCUCGGGCGAGCGCGAGUCGUUGGACGGGAAGGUGAGGCACGCGAGGAAAGACGCGAAAAAACGCGCCGAGGCGGAGGUGGAGUCCUACAUCGCCAACCUGCGCGACCAGCUCCAACGCAGAUCCGCGACGGCGACGCAGUACGAGCGGCGCAUAUCCGAGCUCGAGUCGCAGAACGCCAACUACAAGAAGAAGCACCGGGAGAUCGAGACGCGGCGCGCGAUGGAUCUCGAGGGGUUCACCGCGGACGUCACGACGCUGCGUCGGCUGCUCGCCGCGGUGGAUCGAAAAUUGCACCAGACGCGUCUGACGCAACGGCUCGACGACGACGAGAGGCUGGACAUGCUCAUGGAGCAGCUCGAGAAGCGCGCGCCGGACCCCGCGCCCGCGCCCGGCGGCGCGCACGGAGGCGUCGAGUUCCGCGCAAAGGACGGUCCGGGGAUGGCGGCGCCGCUGGACGCGAAGGGCGUCGCGUUCGACGUUCAACACAUUCGCAAGGCGCUGUCGGCGGUGGAGGAGCGGCUGUCGGACGCGCGCGUGAGCGCCGCCGCGGUCGCGGGGCAGACCGCGCAGGAGAUCCACGACGCGGGGAAGCUCGCGGCGCACAACGCGGCCGCGAGCGCGCGCGCGGCCGGGGACGCGUUGGACCAGACGAGGGAUUACUACUCCAACGCGGUGAAGGCGAUGCCGAGGGGAGGGGCGGAGAACGUCGCCUUCGGCGGCGGCGCCGGGGCCAAGUCCAAGGCGAAGCCGUUAGGGAUCCACAACCGCGCGUUUCGAUGA